AUGGAGGCCACACACGCAGUCAUUACCCCAGAGCUAACAGACAUCACUACACUCGGUUUAAUAGACAUCCCUGCCCCCAUACUUGCCAGGCAACUCAUCAGGAUAGACUCACAAUUAUUUCAAAAGGUCCGGCGCCAGGAAGUACUAGUCCAUCUGUGGUGUCCGAAGCACAAGCACGCCAAGACGUUUUCAUAUAACUUGAAUAAAUAUAUAAGCUGGUUUAACAAGGUGGGAUUGCUUGUGUCGAGUGCCAUCUGCGAGUGCGUGGACAUCAAAGACAGAAUCGCUCUGAUUGAGCAUUUCAUUAAUGUGACGAAGGUGUUGCGCAAACACAACUGCUACAACACCUUGUACGGCAUUACGUCUGGUCUCAAUCACGGGGCUGUGAAUCGGUUGAAGCAUACGUGGAGGAUGGUAUCAAACAGAGCGCAAGCGAAUCUGCGAGACUUUGAAGUGCUGCUAUCCCCGGCGCAGAACUUUCGGGUCUACAGACAGGAGCUCGGAGAGUCCCGGGUCCCUGUGAUACCAGUCAUGGGGAUAGUCUUAAAAGACCACACAUUCCUCAAUGAAAUGCCCAAGCAAACGUCUGAUGGACUGGUGAACCUGUUCAAGCUGCGUGCUAUUAAGUCCCAUUUGGACACAAUGGAGGUAUACCAGAGGGGUGCGAUACAGUACGCUUUCGAUGACGAUCUGCCCUUUCAGAAGCAAUUGAUGGAAACGACUGUGUGCACACCGGAUGAGCUUUACGAAAAAUCUCAGAUACUCGAACCGAGGGAGUUGCGGAGUGAGGCUCGAAGCAGCGGUACUUCGUAACUCGUUGCUUUGUAAUAACAUCAUAAUAAUAAAGCGCCACAAGUACG